AUGUCUCAUAUUAUUGCACAUGAUAUAAAUAAAAAGCCAAGGACAAGAGAUAUUAAAAUUCAAGAAGAUGUUACAUUCUUUCAAAUGGGUUUUUCUCAAAAGAUUUUAGAUGGACUAUCUGUUUGUGGUUUUCAAAAGCCUUCACCUGUACAGUUAAAAGCAAUUCCAUUAGGACGAUGUGGUUUCGAUUUAAUAGUACGUGCUAAGUCAGGGACUGGUAAAACCUUGGUAUUUUGUGUAAUAUCACUUGAAAUGAUUGAUAUAGAAGUAUCAUCUGUACAAGUAUUAAUAUUAGCUCCUACCAGAGAAAUUGCUGUACAAAUUUCAGAAGUUUUUUCAUCUGUAGGUUGUGAGAUUAAAGGUUUGAAAGUUGAAGUAUUUAUAGGAGGAAUAGCUAUAGGUAGUGAUAAAAAGAAAUUAAAUGAUUGUCAUAUAGCUGUUGGGGCCCCAGGUAGAAUUAGACAUUUAAUUGAUAAAGGAUUCUUAAAAGUUGAAAAUGUUAGGUUGUUUGUUCUUGAUGAAGCAGACAAAUUAAUGGAAACCAGUUUUCAGAAAGAUAUUAAGUAAGUUAAGAAUAAAAUUUGAAGAAUUAUUAAUAAUUCAAGUGCUACUUAUCCAGGAGACUUAGAAACAUUUUUGGGUAUGUACAUGUGUUCCCCAGUACAAGUGUCUCCAGAUAAUGAUGAAUCAGUACUUAUUGGACUUAAACAGUUUAUAGCAAUUGUUCCAUCUCAUCCAAAUGCCAUGAAACAGGUUCAAAUAAAAGUAGAGGAAUUAAUAAAAAUAUUUAAGAAAGUUCCAUUUAAACAAAGUUUAGUUUUUUCAAAUUACCAAUCAAGAGCUCAAUCAGUAUGUAACAAAAUCAAUUUUUUGGGGUUUACAGCAACCUAUAUUGCUGGAAACCAAGAUAUGAGUAAAAGACUUGAAGCAAUUAAUAAAUUGAAAAUGUUUAAAUGUAGAAUAAUGUUAACCACUGAUUUAACCGCAAGAGGUAUAGAUGCCGAUAAUGUAAAUUUAGUUGUAAAUCUUGAUUUACCCAUAGAUGCACCAACAUAUUUACAUAGAAUAGGAAGAGCUGGACGUUAUGGAUCUUAUGGCAUCUCUAUAACUAUAAUUGCGGAAAAUGAAUUUGAAACAUUAAAACAAUUAUUAACAUCUGUGGGAGGUCCAAACUUUUAUGUACUUAAGCUUCCAUCAAAUUAUUCAAAUGACAUUUGGACUACACCCACUACGAAGUUUGAGAAAUUUUAUGCAAAGUCUGAUGCUUGUACUAUAAAUCAACAUGAAGUUAAGCUUUUCACUAAAGCUAUAAAUGAUUUACCCGUAACUAAUACUAAUAUGGAAUUACAAAAUAAUAUAAGUUCAGAAGAUAAUGAGGUAGUAAGUAAUAUAAAGAAAGAUGGUACAAAUAACACACAAUUUUCUAAUGAGGAGAAAGUGAAGAGUAAUAUAGUUGAACCUGUUGAUAAUUUUCAUAAAGUUAAACACAAUUUUACACUACACUAUUCGACGAAUAAUCUUUCUAAUUGGCAGAAACUUAAUGAAAAUGUAGUGUUUGAAGUGGAUUUAUCGAAUAUCAAAGAUAAUUUAUCCAGUUCUGACAUUGACACAAUAAUUGAACAUACGAAGUAUAGUUUUCAUGACAAAAAUGUAGAAGAAAAUUCCUCAUAUCUUAAUUGUAUUAGUACUAAUUUAGAUGUUGAAAAUACGAUUUCAAGAAAUAUUAUAUUUGACAAAAUGCAGAACACAGAUUCAACACAGGUAGCUCAUUGCAAGGAGAAUAGUACUAUAAGUACUGAUACUUUAACAAUGUCAAAUGAAAUGCAAGAUAGUACCGAUGUUUCCGUUAUAGAAGAAUUACAUUCUCAUCUUUUGGAAUACACGAGAAAUUUGAAUAAAUUUAAUAAUGAAUUAUCUUCAAAUGAUGAGGAAGUAUUACUAAAACAAGCAUUUGCAUGGAAACAAAAACUUGAUUUUGAAAUUAAAUUAUUAAUGAAUACAACGAAAUUGAUGAAAGAAUCUAUUCAAAAAUUCAUAUAUCAACAACAUAUUAAUAUGCUUAAAAUAUUUUAUAAAAUACAAAAACAAGCUCUUUUGUGCGUUUAUCCCGAAAUACGAAAUGAUGACGAAAUAAAUGACACUUAUUUAUACUCUGCAAGCACUAUAGGUGAAAAUGUACUAGAAAUGUACAAAGGAAUAGAAGAUUUCAAAAGUUCUCAUCGAAUAUCUGGAGAAAAAUUCAGUGCAUACUUUCCAUAUCCUGUUAAAGCAGAUUCACAUAUGCCAAAUCUUAUGAUCUCCAAAAUAGAUACAGAAAAUUAUCUUAAUGCAUUGCAGUAUUUAUACUCGAAUCCUUGCCCUAGAGAAACGUUGUUACAAAUAAUAGAUAUUGUAACAUUUAUUAAUAAAACCAAACAAUGCAAUUUGAUAAAAAAAUUAGAAGCUUUAAAAAAUUCGUCAUUAGAUAUAUUGUUGGCAACAAUACAAAGUGAACUAUUCAGCAAAGAAUUAGACGAAAACAAAUGUACAGAGGAAGAAGUUAAAUCAUUAAAAUAUAUUGAUAAUACAAAUCAAAUUAAAAAUGUUAAUGAUUCAGAAGAUUAUGUUUUGCAUAAUCAACUUGCAGAUAUUCAAAACGUAAACAGUAAUAUUGAAAAGAAUAAUGUCAUUGCAAAUAAAGAUAAGUGUAAUAAAAUAAGUAAUAAUUACAGUUCUUCUAAUGAUUCUAAUAAUUCAAUAUCAAUGGAAUCAGCAGAGGAUAAUUUUAUUAAAAUACAAAAAUUUGCAAAUACUGUAAGUUAUAACAGAAGUAGCAGUACAUCAAGUACUACUUUAAGUGAAAAUGAUGAUGUUAAAGAACAUAAAUCCAAUGGAAAAGUACAUACCAAAAAUAAAUUUCAUAAGUGGAAAAAGAUUCAAAAACAAGGAAGUACUACUAUUAGAGAGAAAGGAAUACAACCUAAGACUCAAAUACAAUUAGAUUCAUCAUCAAGAUCUAUGACAAAUUCUUUUAGCUCAACUCCAAUCAAAACAAAUUUAUGCAUAAAAAACAGUCAAGGAGUUCAAUACAUAAGUAAUCUUCCACAAGCAUAUGUAGAUAAUGAAUCACUAAGUUCCGAUUCUACUAAUUCAGAACUCCAUGAAAGUCAAAAUUACAUUGCUCAGAUGAACUUACAUUAUACUUCUCUAUCAAAUGAUAAAGUUGCAACUAGUACAAUUAACGUUUAUAUUAAUGAAAUUGAAAUUGAUCAGUUUUUGUCAUCGUUAAGGGCUGAAACUGAUCGACUGCAUUUAGAACUUUAUACAUCGGAAAUGCUUCAGAAAUCAGUGAAAAAUGAUAGUUAA